AUGGUGGGGUUAGGUCCAAGAAAGCCUCCUUCCCGUAAGGGAUCGAUGGCGGAGGUUCCAAAGAAUUAUUUGGAGCAAAUCAAGGAGCUUGAGAGAAUCUUCACUGUUGACACCGAGAAGCUCAAGCAGAUUACUGAACACUUCGUAUCUGAGCUUACAAAAGGUCUUACCGUGGAGGGUGGAAGUAUUCCAAUGAACCCAACAUGGUGCAUGUCAUUCCCAGAUGGUUAUGAAACUGGCACUUUCCUCGCUUUGGACAUGGGAGGUACCAACUUGCGUGUCUGUGAGAUUACCUUGACCGAUGAAAAGUCUGAGUUUGACAUUUUGCAAUCAAAAUACCGCAUGCCGGAAGAACUCAAGACUGGCGAUGCCGAUGAACUCUGGGAGUACAUUGCCGAUUGUCUUCAGCAAUUCAUUGAAUCCCACCACCACGGUGAAAAGCUUGAUAAAUUGAACCUCGGUUUUACCUUCUCCUAUCCAGCUACCCAGCACUAUAUAGAUCAGGGUAUUCUGCAACGAUGGACCAAGGGCUUCGAUAUUGCAGGUGUCGAAGGCGAGAACAUUGUUCCAAUGUUUGAGGCGGCCCUUGCUAAGAGAGGCGUACCAAUUAAGCUCACGGCUUUGAUCAAUGAUACCACUGGUACCUUGAUUGCUUCUGCAUAUACUGAUACUACCAUGAAGAUUGGAUGUAUCUUCGGGACUGGCUGCAACGCUGCGUACAUGGAAAAUUGUGGCUCCAUUCCAAAAUUGGCCCACAUGAACCUCCCUCCUGACACACCAAUGGCCAUCAACUGCGAGUGGGGUGCUUUUGACAACGAACACAAAGUUCUCCCCCGUACUCCAUAUGACAUUAUUAUUGAUAAAGAUUCUCCACGUCCCGGCCAGCAAGCAUUUGAGAAGAUGAUCGCAGGUCUUUACCUUGGAGAACUUUUCAGAUUGGUUCUUGUUGAUCUUCACGAUAACAAGCAAAUCCACAUGUUUGAAGGCCAGGAUAUCGAGAAGCUCCGAAAAGCUUAUACUUUGGAUUCCUCUUUCUUGUCCUCGGUUGAGGAGGAUCCAUACGAGAACUUGUCUGAGACAGCUGAUCUCUUCAAAGACAAGCUUAGCAUUGCCACCACUGUUCCAGAACUCGAGCUUAUCCGCCGUCUCGCUGAGUUGAUUGGUACCCGUGCCGCCCGUCUUUCUGCAUGUGGUGUUGCCGCCAUCGCCAAGAAGAAGGAUUACAAGACUUGUCACGUCGGAGCUGACGGAUCGGUCUUCAACAAAUACCCUCACUUCAAGGCUCGUGGUGCAGCAGCACUUCGUGAAAUUCUUGACUGGCCUGCCAAGAAGAAUCACAAGGAUGAAGAUCCUAUUGAGAUCUUGGCUGCUGAAGAUGGAUCUGGUGUCGGUGCGGCUUUGAUUGCUGCUUUGACGCUCAAGCGUGUUAAAGCAGGCAACAUGGCCGGUAUCUUGCACCCAGAGAACUUCAAGUGA